GUGACUGGUUUUCCUAGCCAAAGCAGUAAAUAUCAGGCGAGCUCGCAAACACAAGCUAUAAAGCUACUCCCAGUAUUAGCAGCACAGACCAUGUUUUAUCAGCCUUUAUUUAACGUAACCAGUUAACAGUCCGGCGUCUGUUGGGUGUGUGGCGCGUUGCGAUAAGCGAUGAACCGACAGCCUCACUUUGUGUCAUAAAGGAGGCUCGUCCAUUAAACAAAAUCUUUGUGACUUGGCCAGCUUUGACAGGUUAGCUUCACGCUAGCAGGCUGAGUUAGCGUCUAAAGGAGGCUGAGUUGCUUGUGACUAUGCAAGGGGAAACCACGGCUCUACGAAUCACGGAAAACGAAGGCAGGCUGGAUGUAUUUCCCCAGAACAAGACCCCAAGCUCGGGGAGAGCAAGUGCCAAAAGCUGGCAGUAUAGUGACCACAUGGAGAAUAUUGAUGGCUACUUGAUGAAAUAUACCAACCUUGUAACAGGGUGGCAAUACAGGUUCUUUGUCUUAAACAAUGAGGCGGGCUUGCUGGAGUACUUUGUCAAUGAGCAGUCGCGGGCGCAGAAGCCCCGGGGCAUGCUCCCCCUGGCAGGGGCUGUCAUCUCGCCCAGCGACGAGGACUCGCACACCUUCACUGUCAACGCCAUCAGCGGGGAGCAGUACAAGCUCAGGGCCACCGAUGCCAAAGAGAGGCAGCACUGGGUGAGCAGACUGCAGAUCUGCACACAGCACCACACAGAGGCCAUGGGGAAGAGUAAUCCCCCACCCAAGUCCCGGAGCUACUCGAUGGCGUCUCAAGGCAGCGGCAGCUCCCCCAUGUCCCUGCGUCGGCCCAGCCAAAACCCCCCCGCUGUAUUUGGCUUCAACAAGGGCUCGUCACUAUACUCCAGCAAGAGGUCCCUGCUGCCAGACCACCUGCUGGACGCCAGAGAGGUGCAGCAAGCCGGAAACCCACUGCUUGCAUGUUCGGCUGACCUGGAAUAUAUGAUGAGCCAGGCCCAGGGCCAGCACAGAGACCUGAUCCAGAGCAUCGAGGGCCUGCCUGCAGCCCCCGGCCUCUCCCCUCUGGACCAGGAUCUGCUCAUGCUCAAGGCCACUUCCAUGGCCACCAUGAACUGCCUCAACGAGUGCCUGCACAUCCUGCACCUGCAGCAGGUGGCCAGGCAGAGAGGCUCCCUGGGAGGACCCACUAUCGAGUGGUUGGAGCCCAAGCUGCCUGACAUCCUGAAGAACGGCAGCAGCUCCCUUGGGAGCUUCACAACAGGAGAGGGCGCGCUGGAGGGGAGCCGCCUGGAGCUCAGCAGCCCCGAGUCCUGCAGCUUCUCUGGGGAGCAGGAAGACAUUGAUGCGGAAGAUGAGGCGGAGGACUGCUUCACAGACAAGGAGGAGGACCUGGGUGCUGUGGAGGAGGAGCGCAGCGUCAUCCUACACCUGCUGUCCCAGCUGAAGCUGGGCAUGGACCUCACGCGGGUGGUCCUCCCUACCUUCAUCCUAGAGAAGCGCUCUCUGCUGGAGAUGUAUGCCGACUUCAUGUCACACCCGGACCUCUUUGUGGCCAUCGCCGACGGCAGCAGCCCGGAGGACCGCAUGGUCCGGUUCGUGGAGUACUACCUCACCUCCUUCCACGAGGGCCGCAAGGGCGCCAUCGCCAAAAAGCCGUACAACCCCAUCAUCGGCGAGACCUUCCACUGCUCCUGGAAGGUACCCAGGAGAACAGAUGCCUCCAAGGAGCCCUCACAGGGAAGCCCCGACCCGGCCACUUCCCAGGACCCCUACCAAGUGCGCUUUGUGGCAGAGCAGGUGUCCCACCACCCCCCUGUGUCUGGCUUCUAUGCUGAAUGCCAGGAGAGGCAGAUGUGUGUGAACACGCAUGUUUGGACCAAGAGCAAGUUCAUGGGAAUGUCCAUCGGGGUAUCCAUGAUAGGGGAAGGUUGCUUAUAUUUGUUGGAGCAUGAUGAAGAGUACACUUUCACGCUGCCUUGUGCAUAUGCACGCUCCAUCCUCACCGUCCCCUGGGUGGAACUGGGCGGCAAAGUCAACAUCAGCUGCGCCAAAUCGGGCUACUCAGCUAUCAUCACUUUCCAGACGAAACCGUUUUAUGGGGGCAAAUUACACAAGGUAACAGCGGAGGUGAAGCACAACACCACCAAUGCAGUGGUGUGCCGUGUGCAGGGCGAGUGGAACGGUGUUUUGGAGUUCAGCUACACCAGCGGAGAGACGAGGGUAGUCGACGUCACCAAGUUGCCUGUCUCGAAGAAGAGUGUUCGGCCGGUUGAGAAGCAGGGCCCGACUGAAUCCAGGCGCCUGUGGCAACAUGUGACAGAGUCCUUACGGGAGAAGGAUAUCGAAAAAGCCACGGAGCACAAGAGGCUUCUCGAGGAGAGGCAAAGGACAGAGGAGAGGCACCGUGCUGAGACCGAAACCCCCUGGAGGACCAGAUACUUUGAAAGAGAGGGCGAAGGCUGGGUCUAUCACAAACCACUUUGGAAAAACUCUGCAUUCAAAUCCUAGUUCCUUCAGUCUGUAUCUUGGAUGUUGAUCUUGUAGAUUCAGGUGUGUGAGUGAGAGAGAGUGUGAGAGAGAGUGUGAGAGAGAGUGUGAGAGAGAGUGUGAGAGAGAGUGUGAGAGAGAGUGUGAGAGAGUGUGUGUGUGAGUGUGUGUGUGAGUGUGUGUGUGUGUGUGUGUGUGUGUGUGUGUCGUUGUGAGCACACACAUGUGGUUGACGGUUAUGAAGUGAGAGCAUGACCUGCACUGACGUACAGCUGAAUGGAACAUGGGGAGAUGGACAGAGAGAGACAGCAUGACUGAAGGUGUUCUCAAAUCUCACUCACGAUGUUCACGAAGCCUCGGAGUACAAGCUUUUGUACUGCUGAUCAGUUUUGGGUUGGUUUUUUUUUGUAAUCCAAUGUCAAUGAAAACAUUCUUGUACAGGUAAUGGUACUCUAUUUACACAGCCUUAAGGUAGUCUGAGGAAUGACGCUCUAAGUUUGGGUUCUGCAUAUCAACCUGGAUAUGGUUCUUUUUUUCUUUUUCUUUUUUUAGCUGUGGUAUCAGGUCAAGUGACUUUUGAGGAGUUUCUUCUAUCCUAAAAUACGAUAUUCAACAUAAUUGAACCCUAAAUAAUUGAAAUACUGCCUGAUAAUUGUAAUGCUGUGAAACUGUUGUAAAUUGAAUUCAGUAUACUGGAAUGUAAAGUUGCUGUUCAUGAUCUUCAUCUAUGUUAAAGCACCUGAAAACUUCAAAUGAGAGUAUUUCUCUAUAACUUUUUACAUAUUAGGCCUAAAUAAGCAACAUUUUAGGCACAGUCAAAAUGUCAGCUGAUAUGCUUCGUCGGGAUUGUCUGCGUGUUGUUUCAUCAGCUUUUAUUGAUCAGAUGUUACUUAAUCCUGAUUGGUGCGCUAAAGAAUGUGACAAGUUACGUCACAGCUUAAAGCAUAAAGAAAAGAGAAAAAUACAAAACUGUUCUAACUUGGGCAGAAUUUGUCCUUUUCGUGUUGGAAACCAUCACGUCAGGGCCUUUUCAGGGCCUUUAGGGGCCUUAAAACCCCCAAAACAGCUGACCAUACAAACACAGAAGCCUUUCCACUGUCACUGAGUACAUUUACUUGCACACAAUAUCCUGAUCUCGUACGUAAUCAUCUUAGGGCAAUACUUUGAUAAUGGUACAGAUGAAUGAAUUUCUUUUUCAGAAUUUGGGGGAAUGCCUAGCCUAGCAGAAUCAUGUCUCAUUUAAUUAAUUGCAACAUGUUUUUUUUACAGGGGACUUUUUCUUCAAUGCAUUCCUACAGCUACUGGCUAAACUAAAUGCUUUCUGGCUGUAGCUACAUAUUAAGGUGACAGCACUAUCAAUCUUCUGAUCUAAGCACGAACGUGAAGCGUGAUUUUCAAGAUGUUGAUGUAUUAAGGUCAAAUGUGUAACAUUUAGGGGAUCUUUUGGCAGAAAUGGGAUAUAAUAAGCAUAACUAUGUUUUCAUUUGUGCGUAAUCACCAAAGAUGAGAAUUGUCGUGGUUUUGUUACAUUAGAAUGAGAUGUUUAUAUCUACAGACAUUGUCGGUCGCCUUCCAAGGAGGGCGUGUUGAACCAUCGUGUUUCUACAUACCCCUGGACAGCUAAACCAAACACGGCCACGGUAGUUUCUCCUACAGGCUUGGACCUUUUUUAAAGGGGGUACCACAGCAAUUUGGUCAUAAUCAUAAACUUGGGGGGACGUUUGAGAGAGACAGUUUAAAAAGGAAAAAAGAAAUGCCAGAGAUGGCGAUAUUAUUACUUUCAAUUCAUAUUAUGGGAUAAAAUGGGAGCUUACAGUUGCCAUAAUGCAAGGCAUUUGUGGAACGAUUUUUAAUUUGACCUGCCCAUUUCAAAACCGUUUGGAACAUCUUGAGCAGUAAAACGAUUGAAAUAAAUAAUUGUACAGUAAUCUCUCGUCACUAGGCCUGGCUUUCUUAAAAGGGGUUUUUCACAUGGGGUAGGGUUUCUGUUCUCCAGUUUUCUGUCAAAUUUACACCACAAUCAAUUAUAGACGCCAAACCAACAAUAUAACCAGAAAGCAGCAUUUUUUUUUAUCAGAGAGACAGAGUGAGAGAGCGAGAGAGAAACAGAGCGAGAGAGAGAGCGCAGUGGAAAAACACGGGGUAACGCAACCUUUCAGUUAACUCUCCUAUGUCUCCCAGUUUAAGAGGACAUAACCCCAAUGACAUCAUUAUGACAUCAUCGGGGUUAUUCUUGUAGACUUGACGAACCUCCUCCUCCCGUGUGUAAAAUUGGUGGAAUGGCCCUUUUAACCUGGCAAGGCUUACUUCGAUUAUGACUUUAUGUGUUCACACUGUAAUUUGAAUAAUGAUUGUAUUGCCCUGAUUGGUGGUGUGCAUGUAGAUAUACUUAAUGAUAUGAGGUCAUGCUAAAUUCACUCAUUGAAUAAGUGACACUGCUUGAAUGGCAUGUCGUAGACUAGCUGACAAAUGACCAAAUUUGAAAUGAUCACAUGAUUUGAGUCACAUGUGAAUGCCUCUAAAGUUUGUUGUGCCACCGUUCAUGUCUUUCUCUUUUAGUUCUGUGGUUUUGUAAUGGAUGGUGAAAUUCCUACAUGCAUGAUGGCAAAGUCUCUCUGUUCACAUUGAUUUCAGCAAGUAUACUAUUCCUGUGUCUGCAUUACGUUAAAUUUACAAAUGUCUAUCGUAAAAAGCUUUUAACCAAACUUGCUUGUUUUGUAAUUCAAAUAAAUAUUUACUUUGAAUGCGUGUUUAUCCCCCAUCUCCAGCUUUAAUGGCUCUUAUUUUUAGAGCCGCUAUUUGUGAAGACUGAAACAUUUCUUGCUCUGUUGCUGUUUGCUUUGUUGCUGUUUUUUUCCCCCUUUGGAUGUAAUUUAAAUGUGCUAUACGGUGAUGCACAAACAUUUCGCUUCCCCCCUCAACUAAACUUUAGCUUCGCAUUCUCAAAAUCCAAGUAUCAAGUUGGACACGGAGCCGGUUCUCUACAGAAAGGAAAUCCACCUCGCGAUUUAUAAGCUACUCCCUCCACGUCUUGGUGCCUUAUGCAAACUCUUUCUCUGUGUGUCUUCCAACUAAGGAGCACAGCAUUCUCAUCAGUUAUUUACCGAUGCAAUGGCGUAUGUUUUAUUUGUGUGUGUGUGUGUGUGUGUGUGUUUUCUUUUUGAGAAUAAGUGCUUGAUAUUGAGAGAAAUCAGCUAAGCACUUGUAUUCUAGGUUUUGACGUUUUCUUGGUUUUGAAUUCUACUGGUUGUCUUGCUGACCAAUGAAAUGCACUGACAUUGAAGGAAACCUGAUGUUGUAGAAAAAUGGACGUGUGAUAAUAAUCAAAUAAAUUGCGUAUCAGUUGUG